AUGCCCAUUCUAAAACAAUUUGUGUUUCCUGCUUUGAACAUAAUGGCCAAGCGAAAAAUAAGUGACUAUGCAGGAUUUAAGAAAAUUUUAGAUGAAUCAAAAAAUGUUGCAGUUCUAACAGGUGCAGGGGUCUCGGCAGAAUCAGGAAUUCCUGUUUUUAGGGGUGCCGGGGGUUUCUGGAGGACCCAUAGGUCUCAGGACCUCGCAACUCCACAGGCUUUUGCAGCAAAUCCUGCAAUUGUGUGGGAAUUUUAUCAUUACAGAAGAAAUAUUGCAUUCAAUGCAACACCAAAUAAUGCACAUAAGGCAUUGGCUGAAUAUGAGAAGAAAUGCAAGGAUCAGGGAAGACAAUUUACAAUAAUAACUCAAAAUGUUGAUGGACUACAUCAAAAGGCUGGAUCAAAAAACGUAAUUGAAUUACAUGGAGCUUUACAUAAAGUAAAAUGUACCAAUUCCAAAUGUAAACUAAUUGAUGAAAAUUAUGAUAAUCCUAUAUGUGAAGCUUUUAGAGGACGAGGAGAUCCAGCUGAAGAAGAUUACAAUCUGCCAUUUAUAGACAAAAAAGAUCUCCCUACGUGCAAAAAAUGCCAUCACUUAGUUAGACCGUAUAUUGUGUGGUUUGGAGAAAAUUUAGAUAUUGAUAUAAUGAUAGCAGCUAGAGAAGCAAUAGAUACUUGUGACAUAUGUCUUGUCAUUGGUACUUCUUCAGUGGUAUACCCAGCAGCUAUGUUUGCUCCAGAAGUAGCUGAAAAGGGAAAACCAGUAGCAGAAUUUAACUUGAAUGAAGAACCUGCAAGUGAAAUGUUUGCUUUCCAUUUUCCAGGUCCAUGUGGCACUACUUUACCUAAAGCUAUGGGUAUAAACAUUUCUUCAUAA